AUGCAGCGUGGUGUGACGUGUGCGGCCUUCGAGCGGCUAACACCAAGCAUUUCGGAGCGUUCAUUUCCAGUGUAUAAUAAGCUAAGACAUAUAGGCCUACAGUUGCGUUACUUAUUUUUUCCUGUUUGUGACAGACUGACUGACACGCAUGAAUUUAAAUGUUCUGUGUCAGGUAAUCUGAUUGUUAACUUAGACUUUUAAGUUACGAGUUUACAUCCGAUUUUUUGUUGGUUGAGUUAAAAUAUAAGGCUAGGGAUAGUAAACCUAGAUCUACAUUCGCAGUUCAGUUUUAUCGAUUGAAUAGCAUGGCUGUAGAAUGGAUGUCUCACUGGUUCCACGAAAUUGACGGGGCAAAUAGAAACAUGUUGGACAAUGACUCGGAUUACAAACUUGGUAACAAUUCUGAUAUAUACAACAAUAAUAACAGCACUGAAGACAGAAACACGCUUAACGACAAGGACAUAAAUGCGAACCAGACCAGUCACUUUGUCAAAUGUUUUAACAGUAAAACAUGGACAAACUUUCCAAUGCUGGAUAUACUUCAAAACACUCCUGAGGUUUCUAGCAAUAGAAUACCUAUGGAUUUUUCUCCAUACUUACUGUCAGCAAGUCCACCAACAACAGGAUUUGAUUUCAUGAGUUAUUCUAAUCCAAACUCAUACAAUCGAUUGGGAUUGGAGGAGUCCUUCCAAUCUUUACACUUGGAUACAUGUCCUAUCCAUAAUACCAACCUAAACAAACGACGCAAUGGUCCUCUAAAGUCAAUAAUAAUAAAGCCUGAAAGUUCAAGUGACUCAGAUGGUGACUCUUCAAUACCUGAUAGUCCUCAUUCUCCUGGUCGAGUUCAAAAGAAAGUGUCUUUUGCAGACCAUAAAGGCUUGGCAUUAGCACAAGUACGUUUCGUCAAAGAAGGUCCAGAUGAACCUCCGCACCUCAAUCCAGAAAUUUUAUCGUCUUUAACUCUGGGUGCAAAUGCAGGUGUCACUUGUAAACCACCUAUUAAAUUGUGUUUUGCACAGCCAGCAUCUGAUUAUCUUGCUUUCAGAGACAAAAUUAACAGAUCAUUAGUGUCCUUAGAAAAUGUUAUUCUAAGAGACUAUACUGUCGAAGGAACUAUCAAAGUUAAGAACAUUUCAUUUGAAAAGCAUGUUUUUGUAAGGUUAUCAUUAGAUGAAUGGGAAACGUUUGAGGAUAUUGAUGCAUCUUAUGUUCCUGGACCAGGAUUGAGUUACACAGAGGCUUAUGACACUUUUACUUUCAAAAUGGAAAUAUCUCCUACAUUCGAUGUUUCCAAGAAAAUCCAAUUUGCUGUUUGUUUUGAAGAGAAUGGGCAUCAGCACUGGGAUAGCAAUGAUGGGAAAAACUAUUGUAUUGUUUCAGAACAUUAUGAGUCAAGCCGAUCUAGUGCCAACCAAGCUCCUUAUUUUAACCCCAGAUGGUUGCCAGAAAAGAAAACAGAUGCAUGGACAGAAUUUUCAGUCUGGAGAGAUGUUGGCACUUCAUCUCCAUAUUACUGAUGAGGUUGCUUUGACAUUUCUCUUAAAAUUUUCCAGGUUUAUGAAAAAGAAAAGAAACAUGAUGUUUCAGUGAACAAAGAAGCUUUCACAGCCAUCUAGAUCAUUCAGCUUGUUGAAGAUAAAGGGCAAUUUUAUUUGGGCUGUUUUCAUAUUGCAACAUUAAUCACUUUUGAUUCUGAAAUCUUUGAUGCAAAGUUUUUAAGAAAAAAAAUGUAUAGCCUAUAAAUCCAUUGUGCAUAUUUCAGUUCACCUUUUUAACAUGUAUUGUCUAUUGUUAGAGGUGUAAGUGUUAAUGUUAAUGCUCAAUCCUGAAGCCCUCCAUAAUGAUGAACAAGAGCUCAUUUGUUAAGGUGAGUGUUCUGCCUGGGUUUGUUACUUUGAGAUAAUAUAAUAAAUAUGCCAGUAAUACAUGAUGUUUUCUCAAAGUACCUUGUUUAUUCUCUAAAGAGGCUUGAAACCAUACCUGUGGGUUUUUCCUUUACACAGACGUGUUGACAUUCAUAUUAUUUAAUAUGGCUCAAGGAGCUAUAUUACUUAGCGUAUACAUAAUCAGAACUGUUUAUCCAGAGAUUUACUGAAGUUGAUUUUUUAAACUUACACACACAUAAUUUGUAUUAUAUACACUAUAUGUAUAGAUUUAAAUAUGGCAAGGUGUCUGUUUUGCGGUAUCAUUCAUAGUGUAAAUUACAGUUUUAUAUUUUUGAAUUUCUUGUUAGAGUAUUUGAAUAAGAAAAGAACUCACCACUAAAAUAUUGAAUUUAAUUGCACAGUUAAAAUUGUUGAGGCCAAAAAUUGUGUUUCUUGUUAUUUGGUUUUUUAACUUAAGAAUCAUAUUUCAUUUAAUUAUUAUUGCAUGACCUCAUUUUGUAAUUAAAUGAUAUUGACAUUAUAUAUUUUGCUUAAUUGGUUUACCAAAAAAAAAUUUUUUUUGACAUCAUACUACUGAAAAUGUAAAAAAAAAAAACAACAACAAAACAAUACAAAAAAUUUUUAAUUGCUUUUAAGAAAUAUAUUUUAAAAAAUUAUCAUGUACAUAAAGAACUAAAAACAAUACCUUACUGGUUCUGUUCAUGUGACUUAAGCAUUAUAGUGUUCCUUUCCCUGUGAUUAUGCAAGCUUUAUUAUUGUUAUUUAUUUGCAUUCAUUACUCUAUUUUUUAAAUUUUCAAUGUUCUUAGAGCAAGUUUGUCAGUAAUCAAUAUGGAAAAAUAUAUUCUCAUUUUUCCUCCAAGGAAAAACUGCUUUUACUUAUUUAUAUCAUCCCAGCCAUGUAAACGUAGUUGGCCUAAAUUUUUUAAAAAUUUGGUUAUUAUGUGUGCUAGGCACUCAGAAUGGAAAUACAUUAUUUCUAAAAUGGUACUGCCUUCAGGUUUAAUGUUUUAUGUCUUAGCCAUUUAUUUCUCCACAUUUUUGUGCUGUCUAUAAUUCUAACAAGUCAUUAAAAGUAGAGUAAUGCUUAAUUUAAAAAAAAUAGAAAUUACAUUGUAAUAGAGCUUUGUUGAGUAGAGUUUUACAUUAAUUACAAUCUUGAGUAGCAUUAUGAAUCUUCUACCUUUUUUUUUAUUUGGUUAAUGCAUACCAGCAAUAAGGAUACAUACAAGGUAUUCAGUAUAAUGGGGUGUGACUACUUCUUUAUUAUCUUUCUUUGUUUGAUAAUUUUAUAUAUUAUAAGUUGCAGUUUAAUGUAGGUUUUCAUAUUGUCUUUCAUUUAAAAAAAAGUUUUACUUUUUAAAUACUUUAGACAUUGUAUGUACAAAAAAAACAACAACACAAGUUUGGAUGGGUUACUCAGUAAUAUUACCUGUUUAAAGGUAACCUACCUAUAUAUCAGUGUGAUGUAGCAUUAGCUUGAGGAAAAUUAAUCUUGUAUGAAGUCUGCAUUUAAUAUUCUACCUAAAUGUCUGUGCAAUGCCCUGUUGCAGACGUCAGUCAAGCUGUAUACAAAUUAGCUAGCUUUUGCGUGUUUCAAUAAAUAAUAAUAAAUGUGUAUAAACGUAAAUAAGGCCAACAAAAUAUACCUCAAUGUUAUCUUUCAGAACCUAUUGUCUAUACAUUUGUGUUUCAAACUGUGUUUAUUACAGUACUGUCAAAUUGUUUGUUCUUGUCUUGAUCUACAAGUGAAUUUCAAAGUUGAGCUCAUUCCUCUUAUAUCAUCAGUAUUAUUUAUUAGGAUUUUUUUGAUGAAUGUAGUAAUGCAAAUUUUUUUUUUUUUUUUUUUUGUUGAACUUUACUUACUUUUGUGUUAGCUGUCUGAUGUAAAAAUUAGUGGGGAAAAAAAAAAAGCAAGCAAUUAAAAGUGAACAUAAGAGUUGAGUUGAAUGCUGUGAGGCUUGUGCUAGUGAUCUUUCCACCCUGGUGCUGUAACUUAACUUGUCAGAACAUGUGUGUGUAUAUAUAUGUGCACUGGUUGUGAUAUUCGUUUGUAAGAGUAUACUAAGAAUCUUUCGUUAUAAAUAGUGUACAUAGAAAGAAACAGUAUAUAUAUAUAUAUGCUGUAUGGCUGUGUGAUGCAGUUUACAAUAAUAAACUGAAGAUUGAAAAUCUA